GUGGACUCCAAUCCACUGAAUUCCCCACAGGUGGACUCCAAUCAACUGAAUUCCCCACAGGUGGACUCCAAUCCACUGAAUUCCCCACAGGUGGACUCCAAUCAACUGAAUUCCCCACAGGUGGACUCCAAUCCACUGAAUUCCCCACAGGUGGACUCCAAUCCACUGAAUGUCCCACAGGUGGACUCCAAUCCACUGAAUGUCCCAAAGGUGGACUCCAAUCCACUGAAUUCCCCACAGGUGGACUCCAAUCCACUGAAUGUCCCACAGGUGGACUCCAAUCCACUGAAUGUCCCACAGGUG